UUCCCAUGGCUGGUCUCGGCGGCGCCGCUCUCCAGCUGCACGCGGCCGCGGCCGUGCUUCGCACAGCGGCGGCCGCCGGCAAGCUGUCUGUGGGCAAGGCAGUCCACGCGCAUAUGCUGAGAGCGUCCCAUUUCCACGUCGUCCUGCACAACCACCUCAUCGCCUUCUACGCCAAGUGCGGCUGCCUCGGCCUCGCCCGCCGGGUGUUCGACGCAAUGCCCUCCCGCAACCCGGUCUCCGGGAGCCUCCUCAUGUCCGGCUACGCCUCCUCCGGGCGCCAUGGCGACGCGCUCGCGCUGCUCAGGGCGGCCGACUUCGACCUCAACGAGUACGUUCUGUCGACCGCCCUGUCGGCCACGGCCCAGGUCCGGAGCUACGACAUGGGGAGGCAGUGCCAUGGGCAUGCCGUCAAGUCUGGGCUGGCGGAGCACCACUAUGUCUGCAACGCGUUGCUGCACAUGUACUGCCAGUGCGCUCACGUGGAGGAUGCGGUCAAGGUGUUUGAGAGUGUGUCUGGGUUCGACGCUUUCGCGUUCAACUCGAUGAUCAAUGGGUUUCUUGACAAGGGCAAGUUUGAUGGUUCGGUCAGGGUUGUGAGAAGCAUGGUCGGAGAGGUUGAGCAAUGGGACCAUGUGUCGUAUGUCGCAGUUCUUGGGCAUUGUGCUAGCACCAAAGAGCUGCUGCUUGGUUGUCAAGUGCAUGCCCAGGCGUUGAAGAGGAGGCUCGAGCUGAAUGUGUAUGUGGGCAGCGCUCUGGUUGAUAUGUACGGGAAGUGUGAGUGCGCCUGUGAUGCCCAUUCCGCAUUUGAGGUUUUGCCAGAAAAGAAUGUUGUUUCUUGGACAGCUGUUAUGACUGCCUAUACCCAGAAUGAGCUGUUUGAAGAGGCAUUGCAGUUGUUCUUAGAUUUGGAAAUGGAAGGAAUACGGCCAAAUGAGUUCACUUAUGCCGUGGCUCUCAACAGUUGUGCUGGUCUUGCAGCCUUGAAAAAUGGCACUGCACUUAGUGCCUCUGCUGUGAAAACCGGAAAUUGGGGUGCUCUGUCUGUCUGUAAUGCCCUCAUUAAUAUGUAUGCAAAAAGUGGCAGCAUUAGUGAUGCAUGCAGAGUCUUCCUUUCUAUGCCAUGUCGCGACGUGGUCUCGUGGAAUUCGAUCAUAAUAGGCUAUGCUCAUCAUGGCCUUGCAAGAGAAGCCAUGCGUGUAUUUCAUGAUAUGUUGUCUGCUGAAGAAUCCCCAUCCUAUGUGACCUUUGUUGGGGUGCUGUCAGCUUGUGCACAGUUGGGUCUUGUCGAUGAAGGAUUGUACUACUUGAACAUUAUGAUGAAGGAAAUGGGCAUAAAACCUGGAAGAGAACAUUACACUUGCAUGGUUGGUUUGCUCUGCAGAGCUGGACGGCUAGAUGAGGCGGAACAGUUCAUAUUGAGCAACUGUAUUGGCACUGACGUUGUUGCGUGGAAAUCGCUUUUAGGUUCUUGCCAGGUAUAUAAAAACUAUGGUCUGGGUCAUCGAGUAGCUGAGCAGAUCCUUGAGUUGAAACCCAAUGAUGUAGGAACCUAUGUUUUGCUUUCUAACAUGUAUGCAAAAGCAAACCGAUGGGAUGGCGUCGUGAAGGUCCGGAAGCUGAUGAGAGAGAGGGGUGUUAGGAAAGAGCCUGGUGUUAGUUGGAUUCAAGUAGGAAGUGAGGUCCAGGUUUUCACAUCAGACGACAAGAAUCACCCAUGGAUAAACCAGUUCACCAUAAAGCUCAGAGAGUUGAUAGACCAGAUCAAAACGAUCGGAUAUGCUCCGAAUUUUGCGGUUGUCCUACAUGAUGUUGAGGAUGAACAAAAGGAAGAACAUCUUAUGUAUCACAGUGAGAAAAUGGCCCUUGCGUUUGGCCUUAUCCACAGCCCCGAAGGAGCAACUAUCCGCAUAAUGAAAAAUCUCAGGAUAUGCGAUGAUUGCCAUGUUGCUAUCAAACUCAUCUCUCUUGUGACAAGAAGAAGAAUAGUUGUGAGGGAUACUGUUCGGUUUCAUUGUAUAGAGGAUGGAGUAUGCUCAUGUGAUGACUAUUGGUGAUCCACACCUUUGUUGUCAGAAGCUCCAGAGCAUAUGUGUUGUUAUGGACAUCAACAUGGUGAGUUCUGUUUACUACUGGCAGAAGUUGUUAUUGCUUCAUCAAGUAAAAAAACACUACAAGGAUAUCUGCUCAAGCAUACACAGUGCACGGGUUCCUGCAUCUGCAUGUUGUUUUUCAACAGAAACAACCCCUUUUCUCUCUGGAGGUUUUCCUCUUUCUCCGCACGAGUUGUGAUGUUCUUCAACUUUGCGUCUUGAGCAGAGUUCUUGGCGCUGCCCGUCGCCCUGCUCCCGUCUUGCAGCAGAUCCCCUUGCUUGCUGCCGGUGUCGCUCAAUCAAAACAGACAACACGAUGUUCACGUUUGUCUAAGUGAACAUCCCAGGUCGAUCAUCGUUCCCGCGGUCGAUCAUCCCAGGUCUCCCCCCAUAUCAGUGGGAAUGAUUUUUAUAUACUAUCACAUUUACAGUGACGUAUAGGAGUACCUGGAAUCAACAGAACAGGUCUUUGUCUUCCCUGAUUCUUGAGAACUUUUGGUUUGACCAAACCACACAUUGCCAUGUGAGCGUACAAAUAUGUCGACAAGGAAAGUGAGCCAUUCUCUCUCUCUCUCUCUCUCUGAAGCAGAUCAAAAACCUGAAGUUUGUCAGCUCAACUGAACAUCCUUCAUCACCUAACGUACAUUUACCACGAGAGCGUGCAUCACCGUUGUAUUCUGUCCAUUCUUUGUGCGACAACGGAGUAUCAUCACUGAGACCGGUAGCCCCAAGUUUCCACAUCACAAAUCGAUCCUAGCUCCAAGUUUCCACAUCACAAAUUUUCUUGCGAUCCUUCAAGACACGCAUUUUGUUACAAAAAUUCUCACUGUACAUGUGAAGAUGCAAUCCCGUCGCUGCAGGCCCUGCUCACGCACCUGUGGCGCGCGGUGCGCCGGAGCAGAAGACGGCGUACU